CGCUGUGCACUCGACCAAACCUGGCUGUUGACGACGGCAAUGCAGCGGAGGCGGUCGAUCUGGUCCAGCAGCGUCGAUCUUGAUGCUGCCAGACCGGCUACAUCGGCCUCGCUCGAUACAGAUCUGCCCUUCUUGGGCGGCUCGAGCACAACACGGCUCAUAGACCGUGCCAAGGAUGAAGCGCUCGAACAAGACAAGCCCUUUGUGUACACUAGUCGGUAUAGCCGUCAUGAUGCUACCCAGAGACCUUCCAGUCCGGCUCGUACGUUCGGACAGGAUAUCAGAAAUCAGGUCGAGUCGCCUGUGCGCACGGUGCCCAUCAGCGACAAGCCAGCUCAGACAACGCCGAGCAGACCGCUGCCUCGCCCCAUCGAAGCAAAAAGCGAAUCGAGUGGUAGUCUCAAUGGCACCGAUGGCCUUGUGAGGUACCAAUUGUCAGACUCGCCCAUUCGAGCGGCAGCUCGUGCACAGAUCGCGCCUGCCUUCGCGGUUGCGCCGGUCACCUCGCGCGAAGACAAGCGUAAGACCUGGGCGCCCGGCAACUCUACAUCCUUUGGCGCCCUCAAAGACCGCUAUGAACUUGCUGCAUCGCAAACUGGCCGCGACAACCCGGAUCACGUUGCAUUUGUGCCUAGUCGCUCGACCGUUUCGAGACCUGCCAGUCCUGCUCAAUUCAAUCCCCCACAAGUGGACACGAGUUCGAACGCCUGGAAACGGCAGAGCCUGUCAGGGUAUCCUCGCGCAGGCAACUCCCAAGCAGAGCCAGCGCUAUAUCGUCCUCAGCCUUUGGCUCAUUCUGUAGCCUCUUCAUAUGCUUCACCAGCGCGUCAAGAGCCUGCCGUGCCUUCGCGACCGAUGAUGCGAGCACGUACACAGUCUGUCAACCAUUUGGAUCCCUCUCUCCUGCCUUCGUUCCCCGCCUCGCCAAAAAUUGACAUGAUCAAAUCUGUCGCUGGUCGACACUUGCCCCUCGGAGCAGGAGACGACGGUACGGGAGAGCUCUACGUGCCCGGACUGACAGGUCACGCUCAUGCAGUCUCUGGUAUGAAUGGACGACUACGACUACAAGCAAGUCAGCCUUCGGGCCUUGCAGACACAAACCAGCUGCCAUCUCAGAACAUGCGCGCAAUGGAUUCGCAGAGACACGUCCUGCAUGUCUACGAAUAUCUGUGUCAUGUCGGCGAAGCUCAAGACUGGCUCAAGAAUUGCUUGGCUUCCUCUUCGAUCUCGUCUGCCAGUGAUGUCGCUGCUUCGAUGGCUCAGAACCUGUCCGCCAAGGGCAUUGUCGAUCUUGAGGAAUCUUUGCGCGAUGGCGUCGCUUUAGCGCAUCUCGCCCGAGCUUACGAAGGCGAACGGGUCGUCCAACGCAUCUUCGUCCAUCCUAAGCUCCAGUUCCGGCACUCGGACAAUAUCAACCAUUUCUUGACCUUCGUCAGAAACAUAGGCCUGCCGGAAACCUUCAUCUUCGAGCUCGUUGAUCUUUAUGAAGCCCGCAAUCUACCCAAGGUCAUCUUCUGUAUCCAUGCCCUUGGCCACUUCUUAGCUGGCAAAGGAAUGGCCACUCCCGUCGGAAAUCUAGUCGGUAGGCUAGAGUUCACGGACGAGGAGCUAGAUCGUAAGCAGCGAGGUCUUGACUCUAGCGGGGUCACGCUACCCAAUUUCAGCUCAAUCACCGCCACCUUGGCGAAAGAGACUGUGCCUGUUCAGGACCACCGGCGUGCGCAUGAUGAGAAAGCUGCACGCGUCAAAGAAGAACAAGCAGAUUAUGACCGUCAGCGCGAGUUUGAUAAUCUGCAACGUCAACGCGCAGACGAGGAGCGUCAGCGUCAGCACGAACAUGACGAGGCGCGACGUCAGUACGAACGCGAGCAGAUCGAGCGUCAGCGCCAGCGUGAACGCGCAGAGUACGAACGUCAGCUCGAGCAGGAGCAAUCCCGUGAGCUCUACGAACGGCAGAGAGAGACCAGACGGCGAGAGCAAGCAGCGACAGAGCUGCAGACGCUUGCGCGUGCAUACCUAAGUCGACAGCGUUUUGCAUAUGCCUGCCAGAAGCGCGACGAGACUGCGGCAUGGAUCACGAGCUUGCAAAGCCGAGCCAGGGGUGCUCUCAUUCGACAGAGACAAGAAACGCUCAUCUUCAGCCUACAAUGCCGUCAAGGGUCACUCAUUCCGCUUCAGGCAUUGUGUCGGGGUAUUCUUGCUCGUCGCAACAUGCUCAUCCGGGUGCGCGAACUUCGUCGCUUCUCGUUUACUGCUGCCGCCUUGCAGUCCGUAACACGAGGCUUUAUGGUUCGUCAGCGGCAUGCUCGAUUCAAGGCAAGCAUCGCAGCACCUGGCUUCACGACCACACUGGUCGGCUUCCAGAGCUUCGUACGUGGUCAGAGGCAGCGGUCCGGGACAAGCAAGCUCAGAACGCAGCUCUACGAUUGCCACUCGGAGACCGCUGGCCUUCAGGCAAUUGCACGUGCGAGUCAGGCUCGCUAUCGGCUCGUCUCGUUGAAAAGUCGACUCGAACGCAAUGAGCCGACGAUGACGCGAUUUCAAGGCCAAUGUCGCGCUGUCAUAGCUCGCUUGCGGUACCACGCGCUGUUUUCACAUUACUUUCGCAAUGUUGACAAGGUCGUCAAGAUACAAGCGCUCUUCCGCUCAAAGCAACAAGGCCAACAGUACCGCCAGCUCAUGUUCGGCAAAGUCGUUCCAGUUCAGACCGUACAACGCUUCGUACAUCUGCUGAGCGAUUCGAAUGCGGAUUGCGUCGAAGAAAUCGAGAUAGAGCGAUUAAAGCAGGAUGUAGUGCAGAAGAUCCGGGUCAAUCAGUCUCUAGAGAUCGAAGUCAACGAACUCGAUCUCAAGAUCGCUUUGCUAGUCAAGAAUAAGAUCACUCUUGACGAGAUCAUCCGCUCACGUGCCGCGGCGGGCGUCAUGGACGCUCAUCAUGGCAGAAGCGUGCUCAGUGCUGCUCGAGAUCCAUUCGCGUUAUCUGCCUUAGACAAAGGCACGUUGCGCAAGCUUGAGCUUUACCAGAGCAUCUUCUAUCUCUUGCAAACAAAGCCAGAGUACCUCGCUCGACUUUUCAGAUGUCUCAGUCAAGCAAGACUCGGCGACAGGCCUCGCAAAGAUAUCGAGCAGACCGUCCUGACGAUGUUCGGCUUUGCACAAGAUGCACGUGAAGAGCAUCUCUUGCUGAAGCUCAUCCAACGAUCUUUGCAUGAAGAGAUACUCUACUUGCGCAAUCCGACGGAUAUACUCGCUGGACGGUAUGCCUAUCUGGAGCUUUUCGCUCGAUAUGCGCAAAGCCCGGGCGACCGGCGAUACAUGCGCGAGACUUUUGGCGGCGUCGUCAAAAGCUUCUUUGCUGCUUCGCGCAUGACGCUCGAGACUGAUCCGCGAGCAAUCCAUCACACGUCUGUUGAUCAAGAAGAAGCAGAGACUGGCUUGACGAGUCAGCGGAUGCGUGGUAACAUCGACGGCCUUCAAGCCCUUUCCGAUCCGAUUACAAGGAGCAUCUUUGUUCGCAACCUACAAGCGCUCCGAGCGGUCACGGAGACGUACAUGCAGGGCUUCAUCGGCUCGAUGCAACGAAUCCCUUUUGGCGUCCGCUAUGUCGCUCGCGAAAUCUUCCGGGCGUUGCGCAUCAAGUUCAAGGACGCGGAAGAUGUCGAGCUCGUUCGCAUCGUCGGUCAGCUGAUCUACGAACGAUGGGUCGAUCCUGCCGUGCUCAAACCAGACGACUUUGCAAUGACGGAGAACGUACCGACAGAUACGCAACGUCGCAAUCUCGCCGAGGUUUCCCGCAUGAUGCGCAUGGUCGCCAGCACGCAAUACUUUGGCCAAGAUACUGACGGCGAAGAUCUGAGCUACCUCUGCUCACUCAACGAGUACAUCGCCGCUGCUUCAGCACGCUGGACAGACGCGUUUUUCGAUAUUAUCGACGUGCCAGACGCAGAAACGCACUUCCAGGCAGAUCAAUACCUCGACUAUACAGUCGCCCGAAGGCCGGUAAUCUAUAUUUCUCCAAAUGAGAUUUAUUCGAUGCACUCGAUUAUCUUGCAACACCUCGAGAUCAUUGCACCGAGCAAAGUUGAUGCCUUGCGAGACUUGCUGUUCGAGCUAGGAGGUGCGCCGCAGAUCGCAACAGGCGAGCUACACAAAGCACGGGCAGGCGAGAUCGCACUCAGCCUAAGCAACCAAAAUGAAGAGAUCCAAGAGCGUGGCCAGCCGGAAGAAAAGGCUGUGCUCGUCCGUACGAAGCGAUACGUGGUCUCGCUGCUCAAAGUACAGCUUGGCGAUAAUCUGUUUGAUCUCCUCUUGCGACCUGUCUACGAGGAUCACGAGCUUCUCUGGGCAGAAGUUCUUGAGGAAGAAUCUGCCUCCAUCCGAGCGCGUCAUCGUCAAUCGCGCGGGCCUUUGACAGCAGAUGUUCGCAAAGCAUACCUGGACGACGUACAAGGGAUCGCUUUCGCCGAGCUCAAGGCGCGUGCCUUGCAGGGCAUACUGGAGCUUGAGCGCAUGCGCAAGGUCGAUCGCGCCGACAAUUUCCAGAGAAUGUUGGACCUGAUCGCGAUUGACAUCCGUACAAAGCAUCGACAGCGACUGCAACGACAGCGGGAGCUAGCUGCAAUGACACUGACGCUGCAAGGCUUGGCGCAGAAGCAUCGCUAUCUCUCCGAUCAGAAAAAGCAAUAUCACGACUAUGUCGAUUCAGCGAUGAACACGAUACAGACUGGCGGCAAUGUGGCAGGCAAAAAGAAGCGAAGGCUCACGCUACCCUUCACGCGGCAAUUCUGGCACGAACGGGAUCUUGCAAAGUCUGGUCAGAAGAAGCCAAAGUUUGGCAGCUACAAGUACAAUGCGCAGCAGCUGUAUGACAAGAAUGUGCUCAUCAGCAUCGACCAAUUCAGCCCGCGACAAUUCGAUAAGGUCACUCUGACAUUCAGCUCCGACGAAGUCGGCGUGUUUGCUGUCACGAUUGCUUGGAACGGUGCAACCGUCAAGGGCGGCCACUCAGAAUUUAAAAUGGAAGAUCUCCUCGAGGCACAGUUCAACAACCAACAAGGCAUCGCGGUCGAAGUAGCCAAAUUCAACCUGACAAUGCUGCUUCACCUCAUCGGUCGCAAAUUCUACGCGUGAUGCGUCACUUUACACAUUACACUGUUGUACUACAUCCACGCCCGUAUUCUUGCAUAUCAGCUCGCAUGGCUAGCCGAGGA